AUGAGCGAGAUAAAUGCAACUCGACCUAAUAUCACAACUAAUGAAAGUGAGAGUAAAGUAUCGACAACGGGAUUACCAGAUGAUGCAAACAAUGUAUCAGAAAAUUCAGUUGAAGAUUUAGAAAAGCAGGAAGAUGCUCUUUACUCAAUUUUUGACACAAGAGAAAUUUAUGUCUUGGGAAUAUUCAUAGCGAUGGCGUGUUUUUGGUCAGUGACGUCGUCAUCUUUCUUCUAUCCUGCUAUCCCAAACAUCACAGAAGAAUUCAAUAUCUCUGUAGGACUUGCAAAUUUAGUCAUCGUUAUAUAUUUAAUCUUUCAGAGUACAAGUCCAUUAUUUAUAUCUGCAUUAGCUGAUACCUACGGGAGAAGACCAAUUACCCUUGGAUUAUUAUUUUCCUUUACAUGUGUUUCCAUUGGUACUUCCCAAGUUCGAGUUUUUUGGGCUCUUGCGGUUUUAAGAUCAUUUCAAGCGAUAUCUAUUGCUUCAAUAAUAUCCACAUCCUUUGGUAUUGUAGGAGAUUUAGCUCCAAGGUCUAAGCGUGGAGGGUUUGCUGGAUUUGUAAACGGAUUCACUUUAAUUGGUCAAGCUUUCGGGGGUCUUUUAGGGGGUUUGUUAGUAAGUAGAUGGAAUUGGCCAGGUAUAUUUGUAUUUUGUGCAAUUGGUGGAGGUUUAACAUUGAUCCUUAAUUUUAUUUUCCUUCCAGAGACUAACCGUACGCUAGUUGGAAAUCAAUCAGUAACUCCUAAACACUUUUACCAAUGGUGUCCAUUACUAUUACACAAUAGAUUCAAGAACAGGCUUAACAACGACACUUCAACUAUCAUGCCUAGAACUAAGAAGUCCAAUGUUUUCAAUACGUUGAAAAUUUUUUUUAAUAAAGUAGUAUUCUUCACUAUAUUACCAGCAGGUUUACAAUUUGCAUGUUGGACUGUAUCUCAAGUAGCUUUAUCGACCAUCUUACAGGAUUCCUAUGGAUUCGAUGAUAUUCAAUCAGGGUUAAGUUAUUUGCCUGCAGGUAUUGGUAGUAUUUUAGCAUCAAUCAUUGGUGGUAGAGUCUUAAAUUGGAACUAUAAAAGAAGGAAGUCGGCUUGGAAUGAGUCUCCCGAACCUAGAGAACCAUUUAACAUUCAUAAAGUAAGAUCUGAAUUCAUGAGUAGGUUGAUAUUGGUAAAUAUUGCAUCAAUCUUAGUUUUUGGCUGGUGCAUUGAUUACAAAGUAAACUUAGCACCAAUAUUCAUUGCUUCAUUCAUUCAUUCGUUUAUAGCUGUUUGCAUGUUAAGUAUUCUGCAGACAUUAUUAAUAGAUUUAUACCCAUCGCAAGCAUCAGCCGCAUCAUCAUGCUUGAAUUUAAUGAGAGGUUUAUUAUCAGCAAUUUUUGUUGCAGCUCAAGAAUCAAUGAUGAAAUCAAUGACUGUUGGAGGAACCUUCACAUUUUUAAGUGGGGUUAUAUUUCUAUCCCUUGUAUCAUUCAAAGUUGUUGCAUACUAUGAUAGGAAGAAACAGGUUAGAGAACAUUCUUCUGAAGAACUUCCUGACGAAAACAUGAAUAAAUAA